AUGUCCUCCCGAUCUAUAACUAUAGUGUCCUCUGGAAGGAGCGCAGGGCUCGACUACAGCGGGUUGAGGAUGCAUGGCACUCAUCUCUCCUCACAGCCCAAAGUCCCGCUGGAGGAGGACAGGGAGUCCGGCAUCGGCUCCACCCUUGACCUCAGCAGCAGCUACUACAAACAUACCAAUCACCACCUCAAUAAACUUUCCCUCAGUGAAGCAGACAGGCUCCCUAAAGAGAAAGAUAGCUCCCCACAGACCACAGCAGUGAGCCCGAAUAAGAUAAAACAACUCCUUGUAACUAUAUCCAAGAUCCCUCUCCUCUUCGUCCUCCUCUUCUUCUUUGUUUGCUCCUUGGACACUCUGAGCUCUGCCUUCCAGUUAGCAGGGGGUAAAGUGGCGGGGGACAUUUUCCAGGACAACGCGGUGCUCUCCAACCCCGUGGCAGGGCUGGUGGUGGGCAUCUUGGUGACUGUGCUGGUUCAGAGCUCAUCCACCUCCACCUCCAUCGUCGUCAGUCUGGUGGCCUCCGGAUUGCUGGAAGUGAGUUCGGCUGUUCCUAUCAUCAUGGGUUCCAACAUUGGGACUUCGGUCACGAACACCAUCGUGGCCAUGAUGCAAGCGGCAGAGAGGACGGAGUUUCAACGGGCCUUCGCCGGGGCAACGAUCCACGACUGCUUCAACUGGCUCUCGGUCCUGGUUCUGCUGCCGCUGGAGGUGGCGAGUGGCCUCAUGACCCGGCUGUCGCACCUGCUGGUCACCAGCUUCAGGCUCCAGCCCGGGGAGGAAGCACCCGAGCUGCUCAAGGUCAUCACCGAGCCCGUCACCAAGCUCAUCAUACAGCUAGAUGAAUGUGUGAUCACGGGGCUCGCUAUGGGAAAUGAGGACAUGAGGAACAGGAGCCUGGUGAAAGAAUGGUGCCAGACUGACCUUGUUAUGUCCACUGACAAUGCGAGUACCGACAACUGUGGCCCUGACAACUUGUCCCAGUCGUCACUGAAGUGUCGGCAUUUGUUUGUGGCUUCCGGGCUGUCAGACCUCAGCGUGGGCCUGAUUCUCCUGGCAGGCUCAAUGGCCGUCCUCUGCACCUGUCUGCUGCUUCUAGUCAAGCUGCUCAACUCUCUCCUUAAAGGCCAAGUAGCAAAGGUCAUCCACAAAGCCAUCAACACAGACCUGUCAUAUCCGUUUGGGUGGCUGACAGGAUACAUGGCCAUGGUUGUGGGUGCAGGGGUAACAUUCGUGGUCCAGAGUAGCUCUGUCUUUACCUCAGCCAUGACCCCACUUGUAGGUAUUGGUGUGAUCAGUCUGGAGCGGGCCUAUCCUCUCACCCUCGGGUCCAACAUUGGCACCACUGCCACAGCCCUGCUGGCAGCUCUGGCCAGUCCUGGGAACAAGCUUGCAGCAGCCAUUCAAAUUGCUCUGUGUCACCUCUUCUUCAACGUCUUUGGCAUCCUGCUGUGGUACCCUCUUCCCUUCCUGCGUCUGCCGAUAAGGAUGGCUCGAGUCCUGGGUGAGCGCACCGCUAAGUACCGCUGGUUUGCAGUCUUGUACCUUCUCCUUUGCUUCCUGCUCCUGCCCUCUCUGGUGCUCGGCCUCUCGCUGGCAGGCUGGCGGGUCAUGGCUGGGGUUGGGGCGCCCUUUCUGGGCGUGACCGUCUUCGUCGCCAUAGUGAAUGUGAUGCAGGCCCGCAGCCCAAGGCACCUGCCCACUCAGCUCCGGACGUGGGACUUCUUGCCCCAGUGGAUGCGCUCUCUCAAACCACUCGACCGCUUGAUCACCAGGGCAACCGUUUGCUGCAGCAUCGCGCGCGAGGCGGGGAGGGGAGAUCACGAAGAGGAGCGCAUCUCAACGCAGAUGACCUCUGCUAACCAAGAGAAAGAGUCCGCGCAGAGGAAGGCAGAGCUGGCUUAUGACAACCCAGCCCUGGACUGCCUGGAUGAGAAGACACCAGGCGUACGUGUUUUCAGAUUAAAAGGGUUAGAGAGGUGCAACAGCACUCCACUGUAG